UAUUUCUAUCAUUAUGACCGUCUUCGGACAAUAUUUUCCUACUUUUCUGGUACUUCUAGGCCAGUCAAACGCGUUAGCGCUGCCCUCAUCUGACUGGGAAGUUGAAAGCCCAGCAAACAUCUUCCCUCGAGAUCCUUUCCAAGUUCACACGUAUGCGUCACUCGGGGAAUCUUUCGCGUCUGGUCCAAGUGCAGGGGAUUCUUACGAUAAUACCCAAUGCCGAAGAUAUAAGAAGGCAUUCGGCCCUCAGGUUGCUGAAGACAACAGAUUGCAGGGUCCAAAGCCCGUAGAUUUCUCUUUCAUCGCAUGUUCAGGAUCCAGAACUCGGCACAUAUACGAGGAUUCGCCAGGCAGCAAAAGGGAAAAGUCUCAAGCCAGCCAGCUUAAAGACAAGAAUCCCGAUCUUGUAACUUUAUCUAUUGGGGGUAAUGACAUUGGGUUUGUCGAACUUCUUGAUAGAUGUGUCUAUCGAUUUUAUCAAAACAAGAUUAACACCUGUGGAGGAUGUAAUUGGUGGUUUCUUCCCUUUGACGAUUGUACCAACGACUGUAAUUCGGCAAUGAAAACUGUUGGCGAAAGAAUCGACAAGAAUGAUUUUUCCGAGGGUCUAACCCUAGCCAUCAAAUCUAUUCUCGAAAACGCGCCUCGAACUAAGCUUUUCGUCACCGGCUAUCCUGAAUUCUGGAACGACAAGACAGAUUACUGCGAUGGUGUCAGUUUCAAGUUGAAUUGUCCAGAGAAUAAUGUCCUUCCGUUGAUUAAGGCUCGAAGACAAGGGAUGAAUUAUCUCACUUGGAAAUUGAACGACAAGAUCAAGACUAUUAUCAAUAACUGGCCGACCGGAGCUGACAUUCACUACGUGGAUGUGAACGCAAAAUUCAAAGACCAUCGAUUCUGCGAAGAAGGUGUUCGAGAACCAAGUUACCGCAAUCCAAACAUCUGGUUCUAUCCUUUGGAAUACUGGACCGGUGGUACUGUCCAGACCUUUGAUGGGAAGGGCAAGGAUAUACCCUCCGGAGACUGCAACCAAUACCUGUACGACGACCAAGCUGACUACAUCAUGUGUCUCAUGGCGAAGGGAGUCGUAGAUGAAAAUACAUCUCUCGAUUUCAACAACAUGACAAACAACGUCCCCGGGGACGAGAAAGGCUUAUCAACACAAUCCAACAAAGGUUAUCCAGAUUGGGUAGCCCGGGUUUUCCACCCAAACAUCAACGGCAUGUCUGCUUAUCGGGACGCAAUCAUCGAAGCAUACAACAACUACAGUCCAAGAGUUGCUACUCUACCCAAAGGCAAAGCGUUGGCUAUUGGCAUGAUGUCCAUUGUCAAUUCCCACUCAAGAGGAGCGACUGUUGAUAACAACUGGCAUUUCUACCUCACUAAGAUUGGCCACGGCGUGGAAUGCGACGAGAAAUCCGAUCUAGUCCAAGAGAUUAGCUCGCAAGGCCCCAGCGAUACCAAAGUCGCUGACGACGUCAAAGAAGUCCCUUUCCCCGGUGGCAGCUUCAAAUUGGACGUCGGAGGCCAAGAGUGCGAGUACAAGAGCGACGGUACGAACCCCGGGAGAUUAUUCUGCAAAGAAAGGCAAGUCGAAUGCAAGGAAGACACUCGGAGAAAGGAUAAGGAUGGUGCGAAGAAGUGCUCUAGUUCGCGUCAAACUUUCCAGACGUCUGUAUUUUGCGAAUUCUAA